CUAUUCCUAUUCACCGCAGCUUUCAUUGGAGCGCUCUGCGUGUGCAAGUCUGACUUAAGAUUUAUUCUUUGAAGCCUGUGGCUUGAUAGAGACAUAAAUGUGCUAAAGAGCCGACCAGCUGUAGAUCUUUUGUUUAGAAACUCGAAACCCUGACCUUUACGCACACUCUCUCACACCGAGAUUACUCGAUGAAAGUAGCGAAAGGGGGCGCAGCAAUUUGUUUUCUCUACGCCGUUCCCAUGGCUUUAAUUUACCGAGGAAAAGGCUGCCCAGAAUGCGGAGGACCGAAAGGACCACAGUUGGACGGGACGCCGCUCAUGGACGGUCACAUAGGCUAACUUUGGAUUUUGGAAAAGGUUUGGGAAUGCGAUAUCGUGCUUCGGUGGAUUUAAUUUUAAACGCGUGGACUCCGGAUUUAUAAAGAUCUCAGUGUGUGCGUGCGUGGAGCUACAAGUCUCAAAGCACCGUUCCGAUACUCCAAGAGAUUAGCUUUGAAGGAAUCCGCAUACAUCACCUAGUACACAAUACCAGAAGACGCUGGUACCCACGCAGUUGACAAGCAAUGAUAGAAACCUUCAUCCAAAUACUCAGAAUUUCCACAGUUCUGCUGCUUCUGGGCCCAGACCUGCUGAACUGUCAGCACAGCAAUCAACACAGGAAGGUGCCUAAGAGGAUAGAGGCUCAGCAGGACCCUGAAUCCAGGGAGGCAGCAGGGCCGGGUUCCUGGGGCCCCUGGGGUCCCUGGGGGGCCUGCUCCCGCACUUGCGGGGGAGGGGUGCAGGAACAGACCCGACCCUGCCUGUCAGCUUACUCCCCCGCGGUCGCUUACCCGUCCAAAGCCGCCCACCCCCCUCUGUCCUCCGGACACGUGGUGUCGGCCCUGCGCCCCUCCGUCCCCCUUCAUCGCAACACGGGACAGCCUCCGUACUCAAACGGGACAGGGUCGCACCCGGGGGGCCACAGGAAGCUGAGGGGCCAGCAGCGAGACCCCCGCGUCGGACGCAGGAGGGGCGGGGACAGCAGACGCAUUACUCCCGGCAUGUAUGGGUACGGAAAGAUGCCCUUCGUCAUGCCACUGCAGACGGACACCGGGCAGGAGCCGGGCACCACUCCUCCCCGGAGACAGCGACGGGCCCCUCCAUCGGGCGCCCUGUACCCGGGCCAGCACGGGGGCCACCAGCAGACCUACAGGCAGCAUGGCCCCAACUACGGCUACGGCGGCGGCCACCACUGGCCCCAGACGUCGCAGCCGAGGACACACCCAGCCAGGACCUCGCUAUACCAACCCAGCCCCGCCCACAACCCACAGCAACCCCCGCAUUCUGACAGCCAACCUCCACAAACCGGACCCCACAGCCCCCUGCCCACCUCCUCCUGCACAGGGUCCCAGAAGCAGUACAAGAUGUGCAACGUUAACUCUUGUCCCCCGACCAGCCGGAGUGUGAGAGAAAUGCAGUGCUCGUCUUACAACAACCAGCCCUUCAUGGGUCGUCUGUACGAGUGGGAGCCUUUCAACGAAGGUCGGGGGGACCAGUCCUGUGAGCUCAACUGCCUAGCCAUUGGAUUUCGCUUCUACGUGCGACAGGCAGAGAAAGUCAUCGACGGGACACCAUGCGGCGAGAACGAGACUUCUAUCUGCGUGGAGGGGACGUGUCAGACUCUAGGCUGCGAUGACUACCUGGGCUCGGGAAAUGUGCUGGACAAAUGUGGAGUGUGUGGUGGGGACAACUCCACCUGCAAGGUGGUCUCUGGGGUCUUCAAACACCCCCUGACCAAGGUGGGCUAUCACAAGAUUGUGGAGAUACCAGAGGGAGCCACCAAGAUCAAUGUCACCGAAAUGAUCAAGAGCCAGAACAACCUGGCACUGCGCAGUCGCUCUGGGCGUUCCAUUAUCAACGGAAACUGGGCCCUCGACAGGCCGGGGAUGUACGAGGGGGCGGGCACCAUGUUCACAUACCGCCGGCCCAAUGAGAUCAGCAACACUGCUGGGGAGUCCUUCCUGGCUGAGGGACCUACCAAUGAGAUUCUGGAUGUCUUUAUGAUCUACCGGCAGCCGAAUCCUGGAGUUCAUUAUGAGUAUGUUGUUCCUGUUGAGAAUCGAGCCAAUCCGCAGUUUCCUCCCGAUACCAGGCCUGGUGGGAACACUGUGAAUAGUCGGGGCGGAUACAUCCACCCCAGCCACCCAAACCAGGAUGGGUAUGUCCAUGGCAGGGGGUACCCUCCCCAGAUCCCUGACAACCAGGUGCCAGCGCCCCAGCCACCCAGACGCCAGCGGGAGCACAGCUGGAAACUCAUGGGCACAACAGACUGCAGUGCCACUUGUGGCAGAGGUACCAGGUACACAGUGUUCCGCUGUGUCCACAGGGUGACCCACGAGCAGGUGACAGACAGCCUGUGUGACAGCGCGACCAGACCCAGUCCCCAGGGGGAGCCCUGCAACAUGCACCCCUGCCCUGCAUACUGGGACAUCGGGGAGUGGUCAGAGUGCAGUAAGACCUGCGGUCUGGGCAUGCAGCACAGGCAGGUGCUCUGCAGGCAAGUGUACGCUAACCGCACCCUGAACGUACAGACCAGUCGCUGCCAGCACCUGGAGCGGCCCGAGACGACCAGCACCUGCCAGCUGAAGAUCUGCAGCGAGUGGCAGAUCCGCACCGACUGGACCACCUGCUCUGUUCCAUGUGGGGUGGGGCAGAAGUCCAGGGAGGUGCGCUGUGUCAGCAAUGUGGGAGACACUGUGCCGGACCAGGAGUGCAACAUGAGGCUGCGGCCCAAUGAUGUGGAGAACUGUGACAUGGGCCCCUGCGCAAAGAGCUGGUUCUUCACAGAGUGGGGAAACCAGUGCUCAGCUGAGUGUGGAUUGGGAGUGCGAACUCGGAGUGUGCUGUGUCUCACCAAUCACAUCAGCAGCCUGCCUUUGGAGGGCUGUGGGUCAGUGCGCCCCCAGGAGAACCAAGUGUGUAACAAUGGCCCCUGUGACACUCGCAUAGAGUGGUUCACAGGACGGUGGAGCCAGUGCUCUGCAGAGUGUGGUACAGGCACCCAGCAGAGGGAGGUGGUGUGCCUGAUGAAGUCAGACGAAGGCUUCGUGGUGCUGCCGCCCUACGAGUGCUCCUCUCUGGACCGCCCCCUGAACCAGCAGACCUGCCAGCUCAAACCCUGCGGUGCCAAGUGGUACCACACAGACUGGAGCUCCUGCUCAAAGACAUGCGAGGGAGGGUUCCGGGUGCGAGAGGUGCGCUGCCUCUCCGAUGACAUGCUGACCAGCGAGGCCUGCGCGGCGCAAGCCAGGCCAGAAGAGCGCGAGGCCUGCAACCGAGAGCCCUGCUUGCCGCAGAUAGAUGAGAACUGCCGAGACAAGUACUUCAACUGUAACGUGGUGGUCCAAGCACGCCUGUGCGUGUACAACUACUACAAGGCAGCGUGCUGUGCGUCCUGUUCUCGCGUGUCCCAGCGGCAGGCAGGGUUCCGGGGACGCAGAUAGCACCAUCUCCUUGGCCCUCCACCAGGGGGCGCCAAGUUGUUGCCAGUGCUGGCCUCCCUAUGACCUCUGGGCUGACCACACUGACCCAGGCAGUCUAUGGCGUGGGGAUAUCAUUGACUGUGGAUAUUCAACAUGCUCAAAGACUAGGACUAGUGUGGAUGUAGAUGUGACCUCAUUCUUAUGCUGAAGGCUCCAAGCGCAGCAUUGAGUAUGAAUGGUGCUCCCGGAUUGGGUACGAUGGCCCCACUCAGGCGACUCCUAAACUCAUUUAUGGAUUUUGAUUGGAACCUCAAGCGAAGUUAGAUUCAUCCAUGGUCUCUGUACUGAAGGAAUGCCAGGCUGUGCUGUCGCUCUUCUGUUUUCAAUAUCAGCUGUGAAUGGACUCUGUGACUCAAAUCCACAAUGGUGCUUCAGACAAAUCUGCAUUCACUCCUCUGAAAUUUUGGUCAUGGACAGUGUGGAGUAUUUUUUCCACAGUUCCACUGGAAAUAUUGUGUAAGGUUCUGUUAUUGGGACUGUAUUCUUGUUUUUGUUUUUUUACAUAUGUAAUGUACAUAUGAUGUAUACUUUUUGUAUGCUGCACCACUAUAAACUACAUAUAUUUAUGAUGAGAUGAUGAAUUACAUUAAAUGGGGUCUACCUUGUUUAACCACUUGCUAAUAAGACUGAACUGUUUCACAGUGUUCCUUAACCUACUAUGUGCUCAAAUUUCGCCAGUAAAUACACAGCGCUUAGGUUUUCCAAAGACACUGCAGACAACUGUCCACCAUGCCAGCAUGUGAAACCUCAAGAUUGAAAGUGUAGGAAAUUGUGCUUUGGACUCAACCAUUUUGAUUAAGUUCGAAUUUGAGUGGGCUGCUUGCAGUAAUAUAAUUUAUUCAAGAGAGCGUUCCAUUGUCUCAUCUCUUUACCAUUCUGUGCCUGAUAAUUAUAGUGAGACCCAUCUUUUGUUGGAUGUGAUUAACUAAAAUCCCUGGAAGGUACUGUAGCAGCCCUUAUGUUCUGUGUUUCUGUUAGACUGAGGACAGGGCUCUGGUAGAAGGUUAAAACCAACAUCAUAACAAUAUGGUCAUGGAUAUGAGAAAUUUCAGGUCAGAGGAAGAAGGAAAAAAACAUUGAAGUUUCAAGAUUCAAGUGAAAUAAAAAAGUCAUAACGUAGCCACUGGUCUGUAGUAUAUGCAAUCAAACACUUUGUGAUCCAAGUCAUUCUGACAGAUACCUGAAACCUUAGUUGUUGUCAUUUUUAUCUGUUUAAGAGCAAAUCCUGUUUAAUGUAAUAGUGCUGAUCGGAAUGUCUGCUGCCUUUCCAGCUGUAUUUGUGGUAGUUUAAUAUUGUAUACAUAUUCAUGUCAUGUUUCACGCUCACACAGAUGGAAUUUUUAAGUGAUCAUUUUACCCUACCAUGUAUCAUGCCACUUUUCAUUUCUAGUAUUACUUUUAUGUUUCAAAAAGGAAAGUAAUGGGGGCAAAUAUUAAAAUAUUUAAUGAAUGAACAUCAUAAAGCCAAACAAAAUGAAAACAUUUUAC